CAGCUGGUGUACGCGGAUAUCACAAACAGGAGUAUAUUCGUUUGCUAACUUAGUGAGGUGUCCUGCUGGCAUUUUCUAUUCCAUCACUCCCUUUUGUUGUGUGAACGACACAGCGGCAAUGUCGGAGUCGUACGAUUUUCUGUUUAAAUUCCUGGUGAUUGGAAAUGCUGGAACAGGCAAAUCCUGUCUACUGCACCAGUUCAUAGAGAAGAGAUUUAAGGAUGAAUCUAACCACACUAUUGGUGUGGAAUUUGGGUCAAAGAUCAUCAGUGUGGUCAACAAAAUGGUCAAACUACAGAUUUGGGACACUGCAGGACAAGAAAGGUUCAGGUCAGUGACUAGAAGUUACUACAGAGGAGCAGCUGGAGCGCUGCUUGUUUAUGACAUCACCAGUCGUGAAACUUACAAUGCUCUGACCACAUGGUUGAGCGAUGCCAGGAUGUUGGCCAGUCAGAACAUUGUCAUUAUCUUAUGUGGGAACAAGAAGGACCUUGAUGCUGACAGAGAGGUUACGUUCCUGGAGGCUUCACGCUUUGCUCAGGAAAAUGAACUGAUGUUCUUAGAGACCAGUGCACUAACAGGGGAGAAUGUUGAGGAGGCCUUUGUGCAGUGCGCCCGGAAAAUACUCAACAAGAUAGAGUCAGGGGAGCUGGAUCCAGAAAGGAUGGGGUCGGGUAUCCAGUACGGUGAUGCUGCUUUACGACAGCUCCGUUCUCCUCGUCGUGCUCAACCGCAGGGCACCCAGGAGUGUGGUUGCUAGUGGAUGUGAUCAGUAUCUCACUCACACACAACAAGUUGGUUUGAGAAGACCAGGACAACAGCCAUGGGGGACCUGCACAGUGUUGGGUUCCGGUUCCUUUGCUAGUGACUCCUCGCUUUUGACCAUCACCCUUUGCACAGAACCUUGAAACCCCUGGUUGUAAUGGAUGUACUGUAGAGAACUGAAAGGCAUUCAAGCUCUGAGCAUCUCUGAGGUAUCUGACCUUUCAACAGCUCCUCUAUGAUUGGACCAAACCCUUCACAGUGCUCCAAUCAGGAUUUGAACUAUUUAUAUGUAUGUAAAUGCCCCCUCUCUCAUCUUAACGCUACUUCACUCGCCAUUACCUUCUUUCUUCUCUGCAUAGAACAUUCCUGCUGUCCAAGCUCACCUCAACUUCCUUAUACUUGCCCUCUAAAACUUUACUGUCUUAACUAGUUUACCAUUAUCUGCCCUUUCCAUAAGUCUGUUUUUGCUAUACAUCGUUUAAAAAAACAAAAAACAGAGAACACCAAGCCACCAUUCUUCUGUGCAAACAUGGAGUCAAAAAACAAAACAAAAAUCACACUCUACAGGCUGUGUCCCAAUCCAGAGGCUGCACUGUUCUUAGACUGUAUCCCACAAAGGUCUUGCGUUCAGAGACCCUGAAGACCGAACCAAAAUUUCUGGUGUCCAACAGUGCAUCCCAUGGACCAUUUUGCAUUUGUGUGACUAACUUUUCCUGCCCUACCCUCUGUAGCAACCUUUACAGCUGCAUGUGUCAAGCUAACGUAGUGGGUGUAGUCCAUUGUUUAGUAAUAAUUUUUCAGUACUUAUUUAUACUUAUAAACAUUACUUAUGUACAAUUAUACAUAUUGAGCCUGAAAGUGUCUUUUUUUUUUUUUUUUUUUUAAUCAACUGUUUUAUCUUGGAAGAAAAAAAAAAUAGAGCAGUAACUCAUGGGGUUGUUUCAGCCACAAAGGAAACACCUGCUGUGUCUUUUGUUUUCCAGGGAAAGAAGGCUACAUAUGUCAGCCUCAUUCCAAGGAACCUUUGAAAUGAGACAACCUAGUCGCAUCCAUACAUAUGCAGCCAGUGAAUUCAGCCUUAGAAGGGUGCAUCCCCUAAAUUGAAACACAGCCACGGUCUUAAGACUGAAGACAUUUGAAACCAGAUUCUGUAUGGGAAAACAAAUGCUCAUUGAUUGGUACAUUUUACUGCAGUACAAUUCAUGUCAGUUUAGAAUGAACCAAACAGAAAUCCAAAUGACCUAAUCGGCCUUCUCUCUAGUCUACCUGUCAUCAAAUUAAUGAAACAUCUGCCGAUUGGUUGAGACUGGCUGUUACUCACAGUUCAUACUGCCACACCCUUUGAAUAUUAGCUCA